CACUUUCUCUCCCCUCUCACUCCCUUGAUUAUGACGAUGGACAGGAAAUUAACCCGAAAACCCAGAAAAACAAAGCGAAAAGAUUCUAUAAUUGUAUUAUUUGGGGCAGUAAUUUCAAGCAUCUCCAUAGUUGCUUUGGGUACUGUCUUUAGACUCUUUACCAUUCGGGUCGACCCAACAACCAGUCUUUUGUCCCAUCCAUGACCAGAAUGUGUUCUAGUUGAAUUGCAAAACUUGAUGAUUGGGGACACAACACUGUCCGAGCAUCUACACAAGCUGGUUGGCGUAAAAUCAGAGCAAGAGCUUGAAAACUUGCUCCAGCUGCUAUGGCGGACCCGCAAAACGGGUCUAUCCGACCCACAAAAGUCUUUCCUCCAGUCCCUUCUGAAGCUCCAUUCGCUCGGGGAUCUCGAACUGGUUUUGGCAUCCCUUCGUUGGGUUAUUCGAAGUUGUGUACAGAAGAACUUAGAAGGUGACAAUAUUAUGAAGCUUCUUCCACCUGAUCUUCCUCUGGAACUGCAUAGUAUGCUUCUAAUAACAUUGCAGAAACAUCAGAGACAGUGGAAGGGGGAGCUUUCGCAAGAACAGCCCGUAUUGGGACAGACUAGAUUCUCGCAUCAGGCUAAUGCUGCCCUCUCAGCGCCAUCAUCAUUGUUUCCCUCUUUAGAGGUUUCUCGCUCGUUGUUGUCACUGCAAGUUCAUCCACUUCCCCAACUUAACGGUCCUAAUCUCAGAGGUCCAACACCAACCACUGCCGAAAGAAAUGUGAUGUGUUUUCCAGAGUUAACUCUUCAAAAUGAUGUCGUCCCUCCUGAAAUGCUGGGAGUCCUUCCGCGCGUGAAAUCAAUGACUUGGACUGUGGAGAAUAAGAGUGUCACACCAGCCAAUCGAGUGGCAAUUAUUACUCUUAAGCUGCAAGACUAUACCAAGUCUCCAACGAACGAGAUGGAAAUGAAGUUUCAACUCACCAAAGAUACACUUGAGGCGGUGUUGAGAUCAAUGGCCUACAUCAAUGAACAACUAUCAAGACUCGUAAGCAUUUUAUUCCUUAAUUUCAUGGUUGGAUCGUCUUCUGGGCCAUUGCAGAAGAAGCAAAGACAAUAGCCGGUCGUUUCUGCGAUGCUUGUUAUUUAUGUCUGAGAAACAAUCAAUAGUUUAUGAGUUGGCGCAGUUCACAUGAUAAACGAAAUUUCGGUUGAUUGUUAUCGUUCUGCAUACGUUGUGCCGUGCGCGGAUACAAAGUUGCGUUGAUCGUCAUUCGUGGAUCGAUAUCACUGUGUAAACUUGAUCUUUUCUAUUAAAGAUUUAAAUAAAAAAUGCUGAUGCUAGUAGUAAAAUUCCCUCCCCCUUCUUAUGAUAUUAA